GCCACAGCCACCACCAUGGACGUGGCCGCGCUGCUCCCCUUCGCGCUCGCGCUGGUGGCGAUCCCGAUCUCGCUGGCCCUCCUCGACCGGCUCCGCCUGGGCCGGCUCCCGCCGGGCCCGCGCGCGUGGCCCGUGGUGGGCAACCUGCGGCAGAUCAAGCCGGUGCGCUGCCGCUGCUUCCAGGAGUGGGCGGGCCGCUACGGGCCCAUCAUCUCCGUCUGGUUCGGCUCCUCGCUCACCGUCGUCGUCUCCACCUCCGACCUCGCCAAGGCCGUGCUCAAGGAGCACGACCAGCAGCUCGCCGACCGGCCCCGCAACCGCUCCACGCAGCGCUUCAGCCGCGACGGCCAGGACCUCAUCUGGGCCGACUACGGCCCGCACUACAUCAAGGUGCGCAAGCUCUGCAACCUCGAGCUGUUCACGCAGAAGAGGCUCGAGGCGCUGCGACCCAUCCGGGAGGACGAGGUCACCGCCAUGGUCGAGUCCGUCCACCGCGCCUCCACCGCCGGUAAUGAAGGAAAGCCAUUGGUAGUGAGGAAUUACCUUGCUAUGGUUUCCUUCAACAAUAUAACAAGGCUAGCUUUUGGGAAGCGGUUCAUGAAUGCAAAUGGUGAUAUUGACGAAGAAGGGCAGGAGUUCAAGAUUAUUGUCAACAACGGGAUCAAAAUUGGUGCAUCCCUCUCAGUUGCUGAAUACAUUUGGUACUUGAGAUGGCUCUGUCCACUUAAUGAGGAGCUUUACAACACCCACAAUGAGAGAAGGGAUCAUCUGACGAAGAAGAUCAUAGAAGAGCAUGCAAAGGCCCUCAAGGAGAGUGGUGCCAAGCAGCACUUUGUGGAUGCACUGUUCACUCUCAGAGAACAGUAUGACCUUAGUGAUGACACAGUUUUUGGACUUCUAUGGGACAUGAUCACUGCUGGAAUGGACACAACAGUCAUAUCAGUCGAGUGGGCCAUGGCAGAGCUGGUCAGGAACCCCAGGGUGCAGAAGAAGCUGCAAGAGGAGCUGGACAGUGUCGUUGGCCGUGACCGUGUCAUGUUGGAGACAGACUUCCAAAACCUGCCCUACCUGCUAGCUGUCGUCAAGGAGUCUCUCCGUCUGCACCCGCCGACGCCUCUCAUGCUGCCCCACAAGGCCAGCACGAGCGUCAAGGUCGGCGGCUACAACAUCCCCAAGGGCGCCAAUGUCAUGGUGAAUGUGUGGGCGAUUGCCCGCGACCCCAAGGUGUGGAACAACCCACUGGAGUUCAGGCCCGAGCGCUUCUUGGAGGAGAGCAUCGACAUCAAGGGCAGUGACUUCAGGGUGCUGCCCUUCGGCGCUGGGCGGAGGGUGUGUCCUGGUGCGCAGCUCGGGAUCAAUCUCGUCGCCUCCAUGAUCGGGCACCUCCUGCACCAUUUUGAAUGGUCUCUGCCGGAGGGCACCAGGCCAGAGGAUGUUAAUAUGAUGGAGUCCCCUGGGCUUGUCACGUUCAUGGGCACGCCGCUGCAGACUGUCGCCAAGCCGCGCCUGGAGAAGGAGGAGCUGUACAAGAGGGUCCCGGUUGAGAUGUGAGCAGCCUGCGCUGCUUGGCAUGUUACGAUUUGCUGCUUUCAGCUAGGUGCUGGAUAGAGCUCAUGUUGUUGUAAUUGUGAGGUGUUAAUUGCCAUUUGAAUCUCAAAGUUACGGGGGCGGAUUGAUUCUAGCUUGAUUAUUUACUUGUUCUUUUUCUCAUACAGUUUUGUUUUUUAACAAUAUAACAACUCAUGUUAGACAAUGUAUUUCCCCACCUGAUACAAUCCACGUAAA